AGAAUCCGACAACAUAGCUAUCCGCGUGAAACACACAACGUCACCACAAGUGAUGGUUAUAUUUUGACAUUAUUUCGAAUACCAAAUUCAGGUCCAAAUCGGAAGGCAACUCAGAAUCCAGCCAUGUCCUUCCCCGUCCUUAUCAUGCAUUGUCUGUCAUGUACCUCGGAUAUUUUUGUGGUUACCGGACCAAAUGAUGGCCUGGCUUUUUUGUUGGCCAAUGCUGGAUUUGAUGUGUGGCUGGGCAACUCCCGCGGCAAUAAUUACGCCCAAAAACAUAUAUCUCUCUCACCAUACUCGGUGGAUUUUUGGUCCUUUUCUCUGGAUGAAAUUGCCAAGAUUGAUAUACCAACAAAAGUGGAUUAUAUUCUCCAGGCGACAAAUCGUAGCAAAGUACAUUACAUAGGUUACUCGCAAGGUGCUGCAGUUCUCAUGAUGUUACUCUCCACGAAUCUGGCGUAUGGCGAAAAAAUAAAAUCUACUCAUUUAUUGGCCCCUCCCAUUUUUAUGUGCCACAUUCGUACACCUUUGGUGUAUUUUCUGGCCCAAUUUCUGGGCGAACCGGGACCUGCAGCGGAAUUAUUCGGAACAUUUCCCAGUCAGGGGGCAACGGCUUUCCUAAGAACUCUGGGGCAUUUGUUGUGUAAAAACCAACAAAAUCAACUCUUUUGCAAGGAGGUGUCGAAUUUCUUCAGUGGCUGGGGUUCAACCUAUUUGAAUAUGACCAUCUUACCGGAAAUAUUGCUCAGCACCCCAGCCGAUGGUUCGAAUCGUCAGUUCAAUCAAUUUUUACAAUUUGAAAAAAACCUGUGAAUUUAAGGCCUACGAUUAUGGUCGGGAGGGAAAUAUAUUGAAAUAUGGCGCAGCCAAACCUCCGCAAUAUGAUUUGGCGAAUAUUCACACCACGGAACCCAUUGAAGUUUAUUUUUCCGACAAUGACAAUAUGGCACCGCUGGAAGCGUUGAAGGCUUUGCACAAAGUAAUGGGUAAUCGCUGCAAUUGGAAUCACCUAAAACUUAGUAAAUAUAACCAUUUUGACUUCACCUUGGCCACAAAUGUUGGCGUUUGUAUUAACAGCUGUUUGGUGGCUAAAUUGAGGAUGUAUGAGGGUCAACCGUUUGAGGAAAAUCUAUGUAAAUAUUUUACGAAUAAAACAUUUUGAAAAUGCAUAUGUUGGGGAAAUCUUAUUUGGAUUUUACACCCUUCAACACCUCGAAAUAUACAUUUUAGACCUCACAAAGUACAUAUAUUCUUGAUCAGCAUAAAAUUCUGUCCGUCCGUCUAUCUGUCUGUCCGUCCGUAUGUCGAAAUCAUUCUAGUUUCGGACGAAAUGAAGUAAGUUGACAAAAUUUUACUCAGACGUGUGUUUGUUCUCCAAGGUCUUUUGGUAUUGAAAAUGGGCCAUAUAGGUCCAAGUUGCGG